UUUGUUAUUUACGAUUCCUAUAAAGUACAGUUAUAAUCAAUAAAUUUCAGUUAGAGAAUAAGGUUAAACAAUGCAUUAUUAAAUACCAUAUUUUCUAUUUGAUAUGUAAAAUGUUUACUUGUUUCGUUUAAAAUACUGAGUUACUUCCUUAACAAAAUUAAUGAAAUUUGCAGGCAAUAUUCUCUAUUAUAAGCGAACAAAAAUUGAUUUACAGUUCUUCGAAUAAUAGAAGUAAAUAUAACAUAAUAUUAUAGAUAUAGAUGGCACUAUGUACAUAAAGUCCAUGGCGGCAUGGUUAGGUUUUUUCGUUAACAAGUUAACGAGUUAAACCGUAGUAUUAUAUUUUAAUUUUGUAUAAACGUGCUAAUGAAAUCAUCAAAUUGAUUGCUUAUGAUAUUGAAAUUAAUCUAUUAAAAAUAAGUAACAAAUAAGACAUGGGUCGGUUAGCUGAGGUAUGUGGUGAACAUUCCUCCGAAAGAUGUAAAACUUUUAUAUUCAAGAAUGAAGGUUAUACUUUGGGGAAUGCUUUGGUGACCAUAAUUUUACAAAACCCUGAUGUGGAGUUCUGCGCGUGCUUCGUAAAUCAUCCAGCAGAGGGAAAUAUUUAUUUGAGAAUUCAAGCAAAGAAGGGAAAAGCUGUAGAUAUAUUAAAAAAAGGAUUGCAAGAUUUUGAAAAGAUUUGCGACUACACUUUAGAAUCAUUUAAUAACGCUUAUGAGCAUUUUAAAAAUUCUAAAGAUGCAUCUGUUGACAGUACAUGAUAUUGCCAUCACAUUUAUGUAUAAAAUACUAUCAAUAUUAUAAAAUAUUGGUUAAAUUUUCACUGUAAAUAAGGAAAGACAAAUAUUUCAGGAAGGGUAAGGAUACAAACAAAGAAAAUAAAGUGGUAAUUGUAUAAACUUUG